AUGAUAAAACUCAAUAAUGAGCCAUACAAUAGAUUUUGGUACCAAUGAAUUUUAAAAUUAUUUUUAAACAACCUAAGAUAUAGUAUCAAUAAAAUAUCUAAAAAGGUGAUAUGACUAUUUCUGAAAUCAAUCAAAACUAUAAAUCACAAAAAUGAUAUUGAGCUAUUUAUUAUUGCAUUUCAAAUUGCAAUUCUUUAUAAUCCUACGAAAGCUUUGUUAUAA